AUGGACUCCAAUGUUUGGUCGAUUCCAUGGCCACGCGAACUUCCAGUCGUGGUUCGGUGCUUGCAAAAGCUACCGCGAGAAAUAGUACAUCAAGUUUCGAGCGAUCUACCCGUCAUCAAGAUAUUGUCGAUUCUCUCUUGGCAAUUACCAUACCUCGACGAAUGCGUUCUUUCUCAUAUAGUCUAUGGACGAUUAUUCAGCUCACAAGAUGAAAUCUCGCAUGCUUUAAAUCAUUACAAACUUUACCGCGAGAUAUGCUGGUUUUACCGCUGGCCUCCUGCAGACGCACAAUCUGUGUUUGCAAGAUCACCCCAGAUGCUCUUGAGUAAAUGGGUAAGCUUGGAUCUCUUAAUCUCGAAAAUGAGACGCCUGAUUAGAGCUGGCUUGAACAUAAACGAUGAUGAUUUCGAUCUUCUCGUCAAGUGUGGAAGACCUCUUCUAUGCAAUACAGACGUUGGUUUUGAUGAGAAUGAAUCUUUCCUCAAUUUGAAAAAUUGCUGGAAUCAUUGGAAUUGGAUCAAGCAUGCCAAGGUGAGGCUCAACAAACGGAAAUCCGACCAAAUAAGAUUCUCAGCAAAUUUGAUGGAGAAAUAUCCGCGAGUUCUUAAGAGACCGCUUGAUCCAUCGCAGGGAGCUCCUCGGCCCAACACUACUCAUACUGUGGUUAUGCUUGAGAGACUAGCGAUGAGAACUCUUCGGGAUAGAAAUUUAUCCCAUUAUUGGGAUCGUAAUCAAAGCCUGUACAUGUCGGGCAGAUAUAUUAUUGAACUAGUACCAUAUGAUCGAUACCUUCGGCUACUACUUGAUACGUUAGCCAAGUAUCCACUUGAUGUCGAAGUCACUGGUCUUGAGGAAUCUUUAGCCAACGUCUCUUUACAUAACAGCGGCCAAGGAAUAACUCUAGAAAAUACAGAGUCGGCUACUAUUUCGCAAAUAGAUCCUGAUGACUUCAAGUACCCAGAUUAUAUUGCUGCUGGUUUAAAGGUAGUACUAAAGGGCUUAAUGUAUAUAUACACAGAGCCGCCGUUGACUAUACCUCGCAUUCAAUACGAAUCACUUGGAAAUGAUAAUUCGUCGGAGAAGUGGCCAAGAUUCUUCGUUGAUAAAGGAGUAAAUAUACAUCCACACUUCGAGCAUCCAUGCGAAAAUCAGCAGAUAAGACCUCACGAUAAAAGAGAGUAUGAAUGGCUAGCAGCUUUUGUCGAAGUAGUCACAUGGAUAGAAUUGAAUAUUGCGCCGAUAAAGGAAGAAUUUUAA